AUGCUAGCAGAACUUGGGUUGACUAACAGAUACCCAAGUACAAUAUCGAUCAGAGACAUUGUUACCGUAGAUUCAAGCGAAUGGAAUAAGGUGGAAAAUGAACCUAUUUGUUCAACUGAUAUCCCGUGGUUAGUCCUAAAACGAUUGCUAAGUUCGCAUAGUGAAUCUAGGGAUAUAUCAGUGAUAAAUGAACAUGAUUUAAAUAACGGCAUUGACUUAGAAGAUACUUUGAGCUGUAUAUCUGACAAACUUGACGAUAAACAAGAUAUAAGCCCAUUAGAUGCAUUUUUUAUCAUUUUCCAAUGUUGUGAUCCUUUUUUGAAACAAGUCGUGGUACAAAAAUUAUAUAUUUGUAAAAUCGCUGUACCAUGUUUGUACAAAUAUUGGGAAACUAAAAGAACGCAAGUGUCAGUACUUUCAGUUUGGCCUUUGCGAUCUUUAGCAAUAGAAAAUAAGCAAAAAAAUGCUGGAAACAGUGAUGCCCAAUGUAAAGAAAUUGACAUUCUUGAUUUUCCAACAAAAAUGAUAGCUUUUGGAAGGUUGGGUCGACCCCGCUAUUCAAAAUCAAAAUUGAUUAAUAGUCUCCUUUCGGAUCAAGGAUGCAAAACGUUUUUCAAUUCUGACUCUCCGUCUGGAAUGACAAAAAGAAAACUCAGUAAUGGACUAGUUGAAAUGUUUUGGUUGCCGUUAAUUGGAAAUAAACAGGAUAGAUUUCAGGAAGCAAUGACAUUUUUGAACUUAAGAGGUGAUUUAGAACAUCAUUUUGAUGCAGAAAUUCAAACCUUUAUUUCAACCUUUGUAGAUACUCUCGGCAUUAUAGUUGACAUUGAAACUAUUUGUAAAAAGUGUAGAAAUUUAACUGAUGUUCUCCUGAAAUUUUCGUCAGUAAUUUUAAUUAUUGCAAAUCCCAUUACACAAGAAACUGUAAAAGAAAUAAAUAAGUUUAAGGCAAAUGUUUCGAAACAAAAACCAAACAUAAAUCUCCGUGUAUUGAGUACAUAUAAAGGAAAUGUUGAACAAAACGCUGUCGAUAUGGUCUCCUUUAUAUCAGUACAUAUAGCAGAUCAUUUGAAGCUAAAUUGCACUAAAUCAUAUCAUGAACGCUUACGCCAAGCCAAAAUAAAAAUAAGAAUAGAUGAAGAUGAUGAAAACUGUCAAAUAGGUAAGCAGAAAUCAAAGGAAAUGAUUAAGCAAAUGAAUGAUGAGGGCUUAUCGUGUUCUUGGAAGCAAACUCUGACACCUGCUCAUAGUAAAUAUUCAAAAGAAUUAGGAAAACUGAUCAAAGAGCGGGAAAGGACAAAAGGCUUGGAAGGUGUCAACGCCAUUGAUGAUCAAAUUAAAACCGUCAGAGAAACUCAAAUAAUGUCCAUUACACAAUCAGUUAAACUUUUCACUUGCAUGCUUAAAAAGUAUGAAAAUAAUCUUCAGAUACUGAAGUAUUUUCUUUGUUGGUUACAUUUUUAUAUCGAAAGAGAAAAGCGACGAUCAUUGCCUCAAUUAAUGAACGAACAUCGACAAGCUUGGAGAAAAUUAAAACUUCUUAAAAGCAAUGAAAAACCGAAUCAAUCCGAUAUAGUAAAGCAAGAAAAUACCAUAGCAGAAAAAGAAAAGAAGAUAGAUGAAGCAUCAUUUUCUAUUGAACAUUUUUUUAUUGAAAUAGGACAUAUAAAUGAGACAAUCCUAGAGCUAGAAAAAGACUUCGCUACAUUAGAAUUGCCACCAUUAUGCCAAAUGGCAAAUAUUAUUGGUCGUCUUGUCGCUCAUGGACACCAAUUAGAACUAAUAGAUGGAGAAAGCUUUUAUAUGCCUUAUAAAUGGAUAAAAGCAGUAGUCGAGGAAGUUGAUCAAUACAUUGGAGCAGGCAAGGUUCUUGCACGCGUAUUGGGGUUACAAAGCUCUGGAAAGUCCACAUUUUUAAAUACUAUGUUUGGUUGUCAGUUUUCAACCCGAACCGGAAGGUGUACAAGGGGUAUCCAUGCAAAACUGAUACCUGUAGAUACUGCUAAAUUCAAAGAUAAAUCACAAUCGGAUUACAAUUUCAUUCUUGUUGUUGACACAGAAGGGCUAAGGUCACCUGAAUUAAGUCAUUUUCAACAUGAACAUGAUAAUGAGUUAGCAACUGCAAUAACCGGAAUAGGAGAUAUAACCCUGAUUAAUAUAAUGGGGGAAAAUACAUGCGAAAUACGGGAUAUACUUCAAGUAAUCGUUCAUGCAUUUCUGAGAUUUAAAAUGAUAAACAAAGAAUUAGACUUAAAGAAAAGCUGUUCUUUCAUCCAUCAAAAUGUAACAGAUACUUCUGCGUCCGAAAAUUUGAUGAGCGGUCUGAGUAAAUUAAUUAAAACUCUGGAUGAGAUGACUAAGGAAUCAGCAGAAAGCGAAAAUAUUAGAGAUGUAACUACCUUCAAUCAGGUUAUUGAAUUUGAUUUAAAUUCACAAGUAUGGUAUCUUAAAAAUCUGUGGCAAGGCAAUCCUCCAAUGGCUAGAGUAAAUACAGAAUAUAGUGAAAGGGUAAUAGAUAUUAAAUCCAGUAUCUUGAGUAAAGCCAUGACGAUGAAAGAUAAAUCAUACAAAUCUUUAAGCGAUAUUACUGAACAUGCUCAUAAUAUAUGGAAAGGUGUUCUUAAUGAGAACUUUGUAUUUUCCUUUAAAAACAGCAUUGAAAUCAAAGCCUACAUGGCAAUGGAACAUGCUGUUCAAAAUCAACUUUGGCGGAUUGAAAGCUUGAUUCGAGAUGAAUUGAUAAAGAUUUCACAAAAGAGUUUUGCAAGUUGUGAACAGGAAGAAAAUUUAUAUACGGCAGCUAACAAAGUUAAUAAAAAUGUAAAUAAUCUUCUUCUUGAAGAAAAAACAAGAAGCGAGGAAGAAAUCAAUAAAUAUUUUGAAAAUGACAAAUACAAAGAUAUUAUUGUACAGUGGCAAACGAGCCAAAAACAAAGUUUUGACUUUCAGUGUCAACAACUGGAACAAACUGUAAAAGACCAAAUAAAGAAAGAUCUUGAUAAAAGGGAAAUAGAAAUUUUGACCGUAACCUGUCAUGAGAAACAUGAAGAGGAGCUUCGAAGAAUGUCUAUGCAAGUUGCGAACGAAUAUGAGGGUCAAAUGUUAAGCAAUGAAGACAUAAAUGAACUUUUUUUCAAUAGAAUUUGGCAGUCUUUUGUUAAGAAGGUAAAUACUACUACUUCUAAUGUAGAGAAAAAAAGAAAGCCAAUGCGCGAUAUUUUUGAAACAUAUCUUAUAAAUAAAUUUCAGAAACAUUCCCAGAUAAUAAGACAAGUUUUGAAACAUAGUGAAAACUUGACACCUUUGCCAAAUUUAACAAAUUUAAAGGGAUCAUUCAAACACACGGGUAUUGAUGAAAAAGAUAUCAAUUUUACAUGGACUCAAAUGGGAAAGCAAAUAAUGUAUGGUGGUACAAAUGUGAUGAGUUACAUUGAAACAAAAGUUAACCAGGUCUUUGAAACAGUUGAUUUUAAGAUACAGCAUUGUUGUCAACUCAGAGAAGAAAUAACAGAAAUGUCUGUGAACAAACUUAUGCAUGACUUAGAAAGUAAUAUAAACGAUAUUUUAAAAGGGGAUAUAGAAUAUAAGUUUCAGAAGCAUUUUUAUGUAAAGAUGUAUGUUCAUGUCGGCAGACAUGCUCAUUCUGUGUUUGAGAAGCACAAUGAAAACUAUUUUAAAACCUAUGGUGCUGCUGCUUGUCUCGAAAAAUACAGAGCACAACAAAAAAUAAGAUUUGAAGCUCACUUACGCAAUCGUCAUUCUGAAGAUACCAUCGCAAAGCUUUUUGUCAAUAUCAUAGACAGUUUUGCAGAGGAAUGGACAUUACAAACGCUUCCGAAUAAAGUAACGGAUGAACUUUAUACCAAUCUACCUUCUGUGAAAAAUAGAGCCAUUAUUGAAAUAUGUACUGAUCUUUUAAAACAAGGCAUCUUCGAAGAUUUCAUCACGUACAUACAGGCUCCAAAGAACUAUGCAAGCACAUGGGUAACACUUAAAGCAAAUGAGUAUUUAUUUGCACAAGAGUCAAACUUAUACUCAAAAUUGUCCACAUUACUAGUACGAAAUAUGUUUCUUGAAGUAAAUACGAGUGUACGUAAAGUACUCAAAAAAUUUGAGAAACUUCAAAAGCUUCCUACCGACCAAUGGGUAAAAUCAUUCCAAACAUUUAUGGAAGCUUCAGACUUUUCUAUUUCAACAGAUAGGUUUAGGAGUAUGAAGAACGAAACAGAAUACAUUCAAAAUUUAGAAUUUUUUACUAAUGAAAUAUUAAACAGUUUAAAGAAAACAGAAGAAAGCGUUUUAUGCCGAUUUUAUGAGGUCGAUAGCAGUUCUGUUCAAUGGUCAAAUUCGAGUCCUAUAGAGCGUAUAAUACAGAAAAUAUGGGGAUGUCCAGAACAGUGUGCGUUCUGUGGAGAGCCAUGUGCUAAAAGUGAAGACCACAAAGGAUCUGAACACAACUGUGUACAACAUCGUCCGUUAUGCUGCAUAGGCGUUCGUUCUACGAAGACUCUAUUUGCUACUUUGCCGUCGUGCGAAUUUCGCAUACAAUCAGAUGAAACGCAUAAAUGCUGUGUCUUUGAUUAUAAAUGUAAUUCAGAAAAACAACAAAAUUGUGAUGAACAGUCACAUCGUUACAAAGAUUAUAAAACUGUCUUAAAAGAAUGGUAUAUAGCCCCAUCAGCUAAUAUGCAUGACACUUCCAAAUAUUGGAUGUGGUUUGUGGCAAACUAUAAAGAAAGGCUACAUAAGUAUUACGGGUAUGAAUUCAAUGAUAUACCCACAUCCUGGUAUGAAAUCACAGAAUCACACGCAUUACAAAGCCUCUCAGAAAUAUAUUCUGCUUAAUUCCUAAUAUAGUGGCAGGGAUUAAAAUCAAUUCCUUUCAAUUUCAUCGAAACAUUAUAUGCAAGAAACAGUUGUUUUGCAAUAUCUUCAUAUUUUAUAGAUGUAAGUAGAUUUUAAAAGAAGCAAUUGAUUUUCUUAAGUUUAAGUUUGGAUCAUAAAGAUAAAACAAAACUGUAUCUAGAAAAAUAAAUUUGAAUCUUAAAAGAUAACACCAUAUUUCUUAUUGAACGUAUUAUUGUUUUAAUUCAACUACUCAGCUACUUCUUUACAUUCCUAUAGCUAUUAAAUGGGCACUUGCAUGAGGUGUAAUUUUAGUACAGGAGAUAUAUCCAACGUAUUAAGGAUACGACUAUUAAGUUUCUAUUAAGGUAGCUUAUUGAAUAUGGCUAUACUCUUAAAUGUUGGGCUGAAAGGAUAUUAAGAUGAUUUCAUCAAUCAAAAAUAAUGUUUAUACGAAACUUGAAAUAAUAACCAUUUAAAAAAAUAGAUUUUUGUAUAAUCAAAUGAUAAAUUUAAUAAAAGAUAUACUGUUAUUUACUUUGAUGAAAUAUUUAUGUCACUGCCAAUUGAAGUUUAGUCUGUGAUUUCCUUUACAGAUAAUUAUUUUACAUUUAGGACACGAUUUAUCAUUCAUAAAGUCAAACAUAUUGAAAGCAAUAUCUUAAUAAAAUGUAUAUUGCAUAACAAUGUAUGUGUCAACAUUUAAUACAGAUCACUGAAACAA